AUGCCUAUCGAUUAUAGCAAGUGGGAUAAACUAGAACUUAGUGACGACGACGACUUUGAAUGUCACCCAAACGUUGAUAAAGCUUCUUUUAUAAGAUGGAAACAAGCCGAUAUUCAUCAAAAACGCGAAGAAAGACGUCAAAAAAUUCAAGCUCUUAAACAAAAAAUCGAUCAACAUGACGUUUUACUUUCUCGAAUCGAUGAUAUGAUUAAACAAAUAGAAAAGAAUGGCGUAGAUGCAUUUUUAAAAUCAAUAAACGAUCUACGCGAAGCUAACAGUAAAUUAGAAAAUGAAACUAAAAAGGUUGAAAAGGUUGAAAAGGAUGAUGAUGAUGAGUCAAUGGAUCAAGAGGAUAAUAAAGGACCAAAAUAUCCAACUUUUGAUCAAAUGAUGGCCAUCUUGUUCGAUAAAAUUAAGAGUGAAAUUGAUAAUGAAAGUCCUGAAGAAGUCGGUGAUGAAUUGGUAAGAAAGUUGAAAGAACAUCAUGGCGUUAAUAGUAGUGUUGUUAACAAAGUUAAAAAACCGGAGCCGCCGAAAACAAAAAAAAAGAAGGAACAAACUAUUGAAGUAUUGAACCCUGAUGCUAAGUUAAAACCUCUAGAGGAAACCGCAAAAGAAUUCGCAGCUAUUAAAAAUUAUGAUGAUAGUUACAAAUUUAUAACUGCAUAUCCUGAAGUGGUAGAUCAAAACAUAUCUGAUCAAAUUUUGGGUGAGGCUUUCCGUGCUCAAUUAAAAGGAAAGGAAAAAUAUGCUAAACAAUGUGUGCAUCAGGGAUGGUUGUUACAAUAUUGCCAAAAAUUAGGAAAAGAUGGUGUAACACUCUUUUUCAGAAGAAUAACGUCACCAGAUCCACAAGCACGUGAAGUUUUUCUAAAGGAUGUUAAUGAGACUUAUGAACGUAUUCGUGAUCGUUGCAAAGUAAUGAAUGCUGAGAAAACACAGAGGCCUCAAAAAGCUCAGGUGGAGCAAAUUCAAAUAGAGGUUACCGAUCCAAAUACUUCCCUCAAUGUUCGUAUUCCUGAUGCAAACUCGGAGGAUGAGCAAGAAAAAGCUAAAUAUCAGAAUUUCUUGAAACUGCCUGAAAAUUUCCAGGAAGCUUUAAAAACCGGUGAAUUGACAAAGAUUAACAAGGUCCUGGGUGCAAUGACAGUAGAAGAGGCAGAACGUGUUUUAGAAAUAUGUGGAGAAGCAAAUGUCUUGUCACUUGAAGGUGGUAUUAUUGAUGCAACUCAAGGUCAGACAAUUCCUGGGCAACAUAUCGAUAAAGAUGAAUAA